GCUGUCGGCCGAUCGAGACACAUACAUGCACACACUAGUUGUUGCGACGGUGCCAGAGUCUGAAUUAACGUCAAAACUGGUCGGUGUUGAGCGUUGUUUUGUUCUUGCCCCGCGUAUACGAAGGACCAAAAGUGUAGAGUGACUUGAGAGACGUAAUUGUCGAGAAACACAGUGAUAAUCUAAGAGGGAGACAGUGACAGUGGAUGAUCUUACAUAAAAAACAUCGAGGAACAGUUUGCGACAAGUUUUAACUCAGAGUAGCGUUGGGCGGCUUACAACUGAUACUGCCGAUGACCAGUUCUAACAUGUAACCAUCCGACGGACUACCUAUGUCUUCAGCGGACCAAUUAAUGCUGACCCGCAGCUCUAGUACCUCGCAAAAGUGAAUCCGAAUCUCGAGAAUAUGGUUUUGGAGUCGGGCGUCCUGCCGCCCCCCUUGCAGAUCUAUGCGGCGGCGGCGGCACAGCUGGCGCCCAGGCCGCCGUGGGCGCCAUUCUUGCAGUUCCACGGGGCUGCCAGCCUCCUGGGUAUGCCCGGUGCUUUUUCGCCGUUGAACAGGCCUCGGUACCCGCAUGGGGUUGGAGGCAUUCUGAGGGCCCCCCAAGGACCUCCCAGCGAGGACAGCGGCAGCGAAACUCAUAAUGGUAAAGGUGGUUCAGAAGGUGGGGAGCAAGACUCAGAAAGUGCAGCUUCUAAGAGGAGAAGGAGCAGGACCAACUUCAACAGCUGGCAGUUGGAAGAGCUCGAAAGAGCCUUCCUGGCUAGUCAUUAUCCUGAUGUAUUCAUGAGGGAAGCACUAGCAAUGAGGUUGGAUCUCAAAGAAAGUAGAGUAGCGGUUUGGUUUCAGAACCGUCGAGCGAAAUGGCGCAAGAAGGAACACACCAAGAAAGGACCAGGACGACCCGCCCACAACGCCCAUCCCCAGUCCUGCUCCGGAGAACCCAUUCCUCCAGCGGAACUGCGAGCGAGGGAGAGGGCCAGACGAAGGAAGAAACUGCAGAAGGCCCUGGAACGCCAGGCGAGAAAGCUGAGGGCCAAGGGGAUAGCCGUGGACCUUGUGGCCUUGAAACGGGAAUACCUGAGCCAGAGGGGCGCGGACCUGGACAGUGAUAGUGAUAUUGACGUGGUGGGUGACUCCGGGGCGGAAUCCGAGGGGUUCCCCAACAGUCUGUUCUCGGUCUCCUCGGAUACCGGCAUGGACUUGACGAGUACGUCGCAGGACGAGAAAAGCAGAAGGGCGAAUCCCUUCAGCAUAGAGUCGUUGUUGAACACAUAAAUGGUGGUUGUGCAAUAGUGGAUGAGGUGAUUGAGGGUUCCCGAACUCAACCAGAAACGUUCCAAUUGGUUAUUAGGAAUAAAACGAAAACAAAUAUUGUACCAGUGCCAUAAGUAACCUUCAGACUUUAUACCGACGUUUCUUGGGUAUGAACUGUAAAUUAAAAAGCUAACAAAGUAUUUAUCGUAAAUGUAUAUAGAGGAAAGAUUGUCCGUAUGGCUUAUUGAGGAUCGUGUACCUGUAAACCUCGAUCCAAAACUUGUAAAUAUUCGACUUGUCCUUGUGUAUAAACGUCCAAAAUGAUCUGAAUAUUCUAUUUAUUGAUAGUUUUAAGUAUGGAACACAUAGAAACAGCAAUACAUUCCACAGUUCAAACUGCUUAGAUUUAGACGAAAAAAUUUCAUAUCCACCCUUGCCUAACAUUUUUGGGUUGAAGUUAUAGUCAAAUAGACAUAGUUAUGGAAUCGGCUAAAGAAUAUAUUUCAAAUAUACCAGCUGAAAACCAAAAUUUCGAUGCCAUUCAUUCGAAUCAAAGUAACCAUUUAUGUUGGGAUCAUUAAAUCGAACGCAAAUAAUUACCUAAACUAAUUGUUGAUGUUUUCUCUAGUCGAAUUCAUAUCUCGUACAUAUCAGACCUAAUAAAAGGGAAAAUAAGAUAUCACAGAUAUUGUUUCUAUAUCACGCAAUGUUGUCUAUAAAUUGGAUGAUGCAGCUUUAAUUAACAGAGUUUGAUCAUUUCUUUAUUUUUUUUUGGUCUACAAUAGCCUUCUUCUAUAUCAGACUAAGAGAUAAGUAAAUAUUAU